AUGGAUCGAGGACAGUUUAUCGAAAUUGGUAACUUCGAUGAAACAUCAGUAGAUUGUUCCAUUGCACCACAGUCUGCAGAACAGUAUCUACAACAAGUUAUGGUCUCUAGAAAUAAAUGUCCUCAAGUUGUGCGAGUCAAUGUUGAUGUAGAAAAGCAGAAUGAUCCUGUUCCUGAAAGAAAAAAAACUCCAGAUGAUUCGAAACGACAAAAUUAUGAAUGGCAGAAGUCGAAGGCAGAUGAUUUUUCUAUAAAAAGAGCUCAAUAUUGGGAAAUGAAACCAACAGUCAAGAAAUUACAAAUGAAAUAUCCAAGUCCAGACUCGGAGGAAAAAUGGAGAGACUUAAUUCUCGAGAAAUGUCAUCCGGCAUUAAGCAGUAAACUAAGUCAAUUUCCCAACCAUAUCUGUACGCCGCCAGCACUGUCUUUGAUAUGCGGAUUAAAUUCACCACAAGUCAAUGCUCUUAUUUCCUAUAUAGUCGAGUGGGCGAAUACGGAGAGCCUUACACGUCCCCUAAGAGAAUGGUUGUUUGCUUUAAUGAUAGCUGUUGAAUUACCGCUUCUUCAUGAUGUGGUAGCCUCAUUGAGAGAUCUCGCCAAAAUGUGCAAAGCUUUACGGGCCGAAAUUGAUAGUGAAAAACUGGACGAAAUAAGUGAAAUAUCCUACUUCGUUGCCAUUGUUGGCGUGUUUUUUGAGCAGAAAGAUCUGAUUGAUUGA